GUCUAUGUCAAUUGCUUAGCAAACGUAAACAACAUGGCGACCGGGCUACUCGGCAGCGCGAUGAGCGACGGGCUGCGAUCUCGAGCGGCAAAUCCCUCGGAUGAAACCCCGCUUCUUGAAGAAGAGGAGCAGACUGCUUUCACGGAUGACGAGGAUGUCGGGGAAGAUCCUAGCUUGCCAUUCGGUGGCAAGGUCUACUUAGCAAGGAGGAAGAAACCGGACACUUGGUUCGUCGUCUUUUUAGAGAUCCUGGCUGUAUGCUUUGUGUUCUGCUUCAUCUACUACUCCUACUACCACUUUGACAACCUGCAUUUCCAUGUGACCCAUUUCUACGCCCAGUUUGGCACCCCUCAUGCCAUGCACAUGACCGGCCAGCGCUACUUGUUUGGCAAAGGAGUAGAUCGCAACAUGGACCAGGCCAUGCGAUGGUUCAAGUAUGCUGCUGAUAAGGGGCAUCCUCAUGCUGCACACAACCUGGCUGUGGGUCAUCUCCAGGGUUACAAGACAGCACUCAGUGACAGAGAGGAGGCUCGUGGAUUGUUGAGGUAUGCCGCAGAGAAUGGAGUGGAUGAGGCUAUCAAUGCAUUGAGCAAGAUGUGCCCCAAUGGUGAAUGCUAAGAUGCUGACAUAACACUCAGUUGGAGAUAUGUCUACAUCUUAUAAGAGGGUCCUAUAAAAGGAAUGGCUACAAGAUAAUGCAAAUGGAUAUAUGAGGCAUUCAGGCAAAAUGAGACGAAACUGGGCACAGGCCAUAUUGAGAAAAAUGCAAAAAACUAAAUGGUGAUUUUCUUUCUUUGCUUUUCAGAUUUAUUACUGAUAUUGAUAGUCUUUGAUAUGCCUUCUACACAUAUUUUAAAGAAACACUUUUAAAAUCGUGGAAUAAAAGUGUUUGUAAGGAAGAACAAGAACAUUAAGCAUCUUUCAUAUUCACGACUACAAAACAGUCAAAAGUUUGAAGGCCUUUUACUCAGUAUUUUUACUUUUUUGACAUGUCGAUAAAUGCAAAUUUAGAUAGCCACGACUUGUCAACGGAAUGUCCGAUUAAAGUGCAACAAACAGCAUUCUAAGGUGAAUAUUAAUCUCUUUCCCCACAAACUCUCAUUUUGACCUCUGCCCAGUUGUGUUUUAUUUUGCCAGAACACCCCACAUAUAACAAAAGCUGAUGCUGCAUUUGCUAUAUGAUGUACAAGGAAAAGAGGUUUAGAAGUAAAAUCGGAUUGGUUUCUUUUCAGUUGUGCCUUAUGUAGAAAACAGAACAAUAAUAACUGUAUGUAUUUAUCAGAUAAAAGUAUUUCUUUUCAUUCAGAGUUUAAUAUAUUUUAAAGUCUUUUGAGCCCAGGAGCAAUACAAAAUUUACUAUACUUGUGCCUUGAAUGUUAUUUGGAUACAUUCCAUAUCUGUAACUGCAGCAGGGUUAUACUGCAAAUCUUUGUACUGUGCCUUUUGCAAACAAACCUAAAAAUGUGACAAAACAGUGCAAAUGUACUAAAGUAAACUGCAGUGGUCUUAGAGGUUCAUGGAAAUUGUGCAGGUUUUGUCAUUUUGUUUUUAAAACCCAAACUUUCUUUCGAUGUGCAUUUAAUAGGAAACAUUUGUGCAAUACUUUGUGUGAGGUAUAUGGUAUUCAACUUUAGACUGAAUUUUGUGCCAUUGUAUCGUAUUUUAUCUUUGAAAAAGUGAGUAGUGCAAGACUUUUUAACUGAAUAUGACAGAAUUAUUUGUACCUAAGCACUGUAUUAGAGUGUGGUUUUUGUUGCUGCUAUAUUUAUUUGUUUACGAAUCCAUGAAGUUGUUUAAAAAUGUCUUUGUGCUUUUAAGUUUCAAGUAAGUGAACUGAGAAUAGUAUUUGAGGAGUACAGAACAAAAAUGUAUACAUGUGAAGUAAAACGCUGCUAUAAUAAUCAGAGCUAUAACGAACAUUCGGCUAUAACAGACGUCCUCUCAGGCUCCUGAAAUAGUAUACAUGUAUUGUACUAUAAUGCACAAUCACUUUAACGUACAACCAUUAUAACGAACAAUUUUUAUGGACCCCAUUGUGUUUGUUACAAUGACGUUCUACUAUACACCACAUAGGAGUUUGUACAGUAUUAUUUUUUGGGUUUUGGUGCAACUUCAUUCAAAAGCACUCAAGUAAGAGUGAGGAAGCGCUGGUUUAUAACACUUGCACGUAGAUGAUUCUUGCGACAAUGGAAAUUUUCUCCUGCAAUAUCUUGCCAAAUUUUCAGUUGAAAGUGUUUAAAGUACAAAGCCAUGUUAUAAAUAUGUCAAAGUAAAAAAGGUAGAAAUUCUUGUGUGUGAUAUUUGAACUUAGCCACCCACGCACCAAGUCUGACAAGAUAUCUAAUGCUUUCACCAGCACUCUUCACUGGAGGCAUCACACAAGAAUGAACACGUGAACAGGAUUAUAAUAAAGACUCCAGCAUUACGCUAAUUACUGUAAAAGGUUGUAGUAUUUGUCUCUGACGAAGGGGUCAUUGCCAUCAAAAUUUGGAUGAUUUGCCAGUACAUGCCCAGUGGACAUCGAAUAAAUUGUAACUGAAGGUUUACGGAUAAUAGCAAGCCAAACAUGGAGGAUUAUUAUGCGUGCCUUGCAUAGCCCCAUCACAUUUACAUGUCGGAAAUUAGUGGAUUGAUGCAAUAACGUUUCAUUGACUAUUGUUUAUCAUUUUACACAUGAACAAAUCAAAAUGCACAUAACUUCAAUAAAUGAACAGAACUAGACUGAGUUUAAA